UGGAGGGGGGAGAGGGGACAGGUUGGUCAAACUCGCAGAUUGCACCCAGAAAAAAAAACACACGAGCAAAAAGAAAUAAAAGAGGAAAGCAGAAAGGGGAGCUGAAGACUUAAACCGGGCGAUCGAGAUCAGAAUCACAUGACACAGGGUGGCUCUUUCCUAAAACGAUAGAAGAUGAAGACUAGAGCGCCACCAAUAGUUAACGAGACCAGGCAAACUGUGACAAGCACGCCAGACAUCACGCCCACGCGAACACCAAUACUCGAUUUCUUAUGGGCUCUUGCCGGUGAAGAAGUGGAGAGCCCGUCGACAAACAUAUUACCUACCAAUGUACCACUGCCGUUAUCCUCCUGCGAAGACGAUGAUCCCGUUGCUGGCGAUGACCAGAUCUGCGCAUCUGUCUCCGGAUAUCCAUCAGUGGAAGGCGCUGGCGAUGAGAAUGAUGAUGAUGGCGCUGUCGACGCUGCUGUGGAUGGUGCUGUCGAUGGCGAUGACUCUAUCUCGGGGUUCUCGGGGUUUGUGGUUCCACUGGACCGAGUCCGCGAUGUCGAUGAUGAUGAUGAUGCUGUCGAUGGUGCUGUGGAUGGUGCUGCGGAUGAUGCUGUUAAGGAUGAUGCCGAUGGCCAUGACUCCACCCCUGGGUUUGUCGAUCCAGUUGAUGACGCUGGCGAUGUCGAUGAUGAUGAUGCUGGCGAUGGUGAUGUGGAUGGUGCAGCCGGUGGAGCUGUCGAUGAUGCCAUCGAUGGCGAUGAUUGUAUCUCUGGGUCUGUCGCUCGAGUGGGUGGCGCUGACGAUGGCGAUGAUGAUGAUGAUGAUGAUGAUGCCGAUGGUUCUGUCGAUGAUGCUGUCGAUGGUGAGUUCCAUGAAGGUGUCGAUGGGGAUGGGAUUGACGAUGAUUCCGUCGAUGGUGGCGAUGGUGUUAAUGAUGUCUCCGUAAAUGGUGCUUUCAAUGGCGAUGGCAAUGAAAAGGAGAAUUCGUUCGGUGGCGCUGGCGAUGGCGAUGGAUGCGACGGACUACUGCCUGUCGGUGGUGCGGGUGUUGGAAACGCACCGCUGCAUUGGUGCAGUCCCAGCUUGUUGAUUGACAGCUCGAACAGCUUGCCGUUCUGGAUCGACACGUACAAAUGGCUGUCAUCGUUGUCCAAAGCAACCGCCCCAAUCAUGCAUCCUCCCGGGAACUUGAAGGUGCAUCUUGCGACGGUCUCUACGUUAAUCGCCUUUCCUCUCGGCUUGUCUAAAGCCACCCAAACGACACUCAUCGCCCCAUCGUCGACGAAGAACAAGUUGCAUCCAUCUUGCGUCAGCACGGGCUCUCCCAAGUUAACAAGCUGUGCGAAGUUAAUUACCGGCACCGGGUUACCCACGGAAUCGGCCAUCACGGUGCCAGUCACCCGGUCGAUGGUUCCGCUAAGUGUGUUAAAUCCUAGGACGGAAGCGUUAGCUUUGUCCCUGGCGUAUAGGUAACUCCCAUCUUGGACAAAGCUUCGAUGUCCGAAGGAGAGGGAUGAGAGCUUGGUGUCGUUCGGGCAUGCUACUCUUGUGAAAUCGC